ACAAACAUUAAACAAUUCAUUUCUGAGAAUCAUACAUGUCACAAAAUGUGAUUGGAUAAAAGAAAGGCCUGUUUUUGAUUGGCUAGUAAUGUGCUUCUCUUUACAUACAUUAUGAAUCUGCCCAUCACAAACAGGAGGAUCUGAUUAGUUGGAGGAGGUGUAAAACUGAGAGUAGAGCUCCUCCCUGAAAAACUUUCAUAUAUAUUUUCAAGUGAGAAAAUUAUAACUCACUUUGUAAUCCUCCAGCAAAAUGUUCCUCUUCACUUUGGUGCUUGGGGUGCUGUUUCUACCAGAAGCUGACAGCCUGAAAUGUACAUGUGAAGGAAACCGCUAUGGAGUUUGCUCCACUGACACAACUCAAUGUCCCUCACAGAACUAUAGUUGUUCAGCAGCAACAGAAGUCACAUCUCUUGAUGAUAAGGUUACUGAGCUCAACUCCAAAGGUUGCAUUGAGUCUGAACUGUGUCUUGACUACUCUGUCAGCAAUGGAGUUUACAGAGUUUUACAAAAGACCAGCUGCUGCAGUGGAGAUCUCUGCAACGCCAACAUUACCUACCCAAAACCUGACUACACUCCAAACGGAAAAAAGUGCUUCAGCUGUGCAGGGGAUGAAAACUGCAUGAAAACCCUUAACUGUGUGGGGGAUGAAAGUCACUGCUUCACAGUAACAGGAAAUGCACAAGGAGUAACCAUGAUGAUGAAGGGAUGUGCCUCUGACAAGGAGUGCUCAGAUAAGUCAACUUCAGUGUCCUCUGGACUGUUACCUGGAUCAGAGGUUAGCUGCUGCCAGGGCAACUACUGCAACAGCGCCAGUACUCCCAGUCCCGCCCUGCUGCUCCUGUUGGUGCCUUUGUUGUUUUCUAACUUAUUUUCUUAGCUCAUAGAAACUACUGAAUUUCUGCCAUGUUUUAUUUUUAAUCACAAUUUAUUUGAUAAAUCUGUUCUUUUUAUUUGAAUCUGUCAACAACAUAAUCAAUGUUGUUGAUUCUGGGCUCUGAAAGUUAUAAGCUUUCAAAGCCCAAGAUUGUUAGCUAAGCAACUUCUUUUCUUUUUUUUUUUUUGUAAAUAUGUUUAUGCAUUUUUUGUUUAAUAACAACAACAACAAAACACAAAACAAACCAAAAGCUCAGCAGUGCAGUCCAGAGACAAAAGGAACUAAGCAACAUUUUAGAAUCAACAACAUCCUCUAUACUUUGUUGUUCUUUACAAAAAAAAAUCUUCCUCAAUAAACUAUUUUUUAAAUUCUGGGUCCAGUACCUGUCUGAUUCUAAAUGUUUAGUUUUGAAAAAACAAAAUGACUUGGUGUUAUAGAUGUGAAAUAAAAUUUUAUUUUCUUUGUUUUAACAUUAAACCUUUUCUUUUUGAAUCAAAGAAAAAUUAAAACCUUUCAGAGCCCAAGAUUGUAGAGUUUGACUGGAAAUUAACCUACAUGAAUGUAAAAUUCAACCUGAAGAAACUCAUACAGAGAAAGUUCUUUCUUUCUUAGCUGAUAGAAAUAAUUUCAUUGCUACCCAGAUUUCUCUUUAUGCAUAAUUCAUUUAAUUAAUCUGUUCUUGCUGAAUAAAUGCAUUAAAAAAUUA